ACCUGUGGCACGGUGGCGCACAGCAUUGCCAGUUGAGUCGCCAGCCUACCGAAGUCACGGCCAUCAUGGCCUCCGCCGGCGUCGUCUGCGUCGCGCUGCUCGCCCUGGCCGUCGCGGCGGCCGUCGCGCACAUCGACGGCGGCGUCCGUACAUUUGAGAAGCGGCGCGUUGACUUGCUGCCGGUGGACGUCGAGCCCCAUGUGCCGCUGGACGCCAAGCCGCACGUGCCGCUGGUGCGCCUCUUCCAACUGAUGAACCUCCGCGAUGACGACGACGAGCACACCAAGCUGGAGAGGAUGCUUAUCAACAAGAUCUUGUCCUUCCGGGACAAGCUGUCGAAGCCGCAGCCCGACCUGGGCCUGCCCGCCCUGGACCCCUUCGACUACACGCCGGACAAGCCCCUCGUGGUGAACAACCCGAUGGCCAACAUCAACGCCAACCUGCACAGCGUGUCCUCGCAGGGCGUGUCCAAGUUCAAGGUGGACAACCUGAGCGUAUACCUGGUGGAGCGGCUGGGCGUGCUGGACAUCAAGCUGCCCAAUUUCUCCAUCGGGUUCAACCUGGCCGUGGCGGCAGGCAGCUGGCUCAGCCCGCUCAAGGUGCCGUUCAACGACGAUAUCACCGUCAAGUUCAGCUCGCCCGAAAUCACUCUCGGGCUGCGCGGCAAGGUCGCGGUGCAGGACAGCAGGCUCUCGAUGGAGUCGACCAAGAUCGCGCUGGACCUCGGAAAGUGGAGCCUGGAGAUCCUGCCGGGGCGGUCGACGGGCACGUUCAAUCAGAACACCGGCCUGGCGCUGGUGCUCGCCGACGUGGUCAAGUCCCUGGCGCCUCGCCUCAUCGAGGACUGGACCCCCGUGCUGGAGAAGUACGUCAACGACAGCCUGGACGAGAAGCUGCAGGACCUUCAGAUCAGCGACAUCAUCAACCAGCUGGACAGCUAGCUGGACCGCCAGUGUCGCGUCGUGGAAUCAAUAAAGCGCACGUGUUGACAGUGUC